CGGCAAGGCAGGCACAGAUGACCUCGCGGGCGAGAUCAAAGGCUCACCUUUCAUCGACACUCUUGAUGCGUAUGUCUUACGCCGUCGAAGCAACAUCGCAAGUCCCGCUAUCGAGCCAAGCGGUGCAUCGACCUCCCGACACCAGAGUAGCACGCAGACGGGAAGUAGGCCAGGUGCGGCGUACCCUGCGUUCGAUGACAUGGCUGGCGGGCGGCGGACCGACGCUCCUACAAGCAAGGACCUAAGGGCGGAUAUGAAACGUUCAAGAAGGUCGAUGUUAGAAGACAGCGCUGGGAAUGAGGAAGAAGCAGCAAUCAACCGCCACGCCGAACCGCGCAUCAUCGAGACGCCCCGAGUUGAUACCCGGACGGGCGAGGCGAGUCUACAUCUGAAGCCUGCGCAGACUGCUUCGUGCGAUGAUCGUCAACUUCUUGCACUGAAGUCUGAAGGCAGCGAUAUCUGGGCCGCACUGUUCCGAGAGCCCAUACACAUCGUUACCGAUGCAGAUGACAGCGCGAAGCAGGAACCGGUCAACGCGAACAAGGACCGCAUCGCUCUGACCGAGACGUCGCAGCAUGCUGAGACUUCGCCGCGAGGCAAGGUGCAUCGUGCCACCUCACCUACGCCUCCCAAGGCCCCGGUAGCAGUCAACAGUCAAACGCAACCAACUGGCCAGAAGAGGAAGCUCGAAACAAUCGACCUCCAAGCUAUGCUCAAUGAAACGAAGCGGACCAAAAAAUGCGGUCACGCACGUCCGAGUAGAGGUUGUUAGAAAAGGUCUCGUAGCCUAGCAUUUGUUCACACUCACAAGCGACGAUAAUCCGGCCUUUUUUUCCGCACUAGUAUACCUCCACCUGCGUCCGUUGAUGAGUAGUCAUUCCUGUUCUGGCUUGGUCGUGGUUAUGAUUUGAAUCCAUGCGUCGUGCCCAUGUUGUAGUCUUCGUGAGAUCAACCAGCCGCGCAGGAAUGAGUCACGCAAGGGGUGCAUCUGCUUGUCGUGCGCGUGCGACGCAGAGCAUAGGCUCGGUGGGGUAUGCGUGGUCAACUGUUGGACAGUCGCGUCCGCGGUGUCCAGUUACGAGUCGUGACUGCGACAACACGACAAAGCGUAGAUCUAGCUGGAAGCCCAGGUUCAUUUGGCGGGAGACGCGGGGGAGAAC